GUACCAGCAAAUUUCAAUAUUAGAAAGUCUCAUGAACUUUCGUAAAAACAAAAUAAAUAUGUUGAUUUUCAUGUUUGUUUUUUUAGAAUAAUUAUUUUUGUAAAAAGUUUUACUAUAAGAAAUAUAUUUCAUUUUGUUUAUUGACUAUUGGCAGGAUGCAAUGUGCAAUGUGGUAUUUUUUCUAUGUUAAUGAAAAAAUAAAAAAUAAAUAAAUUACCAUCAAGCCAAUUGGCGCUGCCCCCACCUUCACAGUUUACAAGCCGCCUUUGCUUUCCAGUUGGUUUUAAAACCAGGGCCAAACAAAAAUAUAUACACAGGUUUUAAAAUUAGUAAGAUUUUGAUAUAUCAACUUUUCUAAAAGUUGUAACUCAAAAUAAUAAAUUAUUAAUACUGUACUGGUCUUUUUCGUAAACACUAAUGGUCUUUUUUUUCAGAAAAAAAAAACAUGAAAGUUUCUAUUGUUUUCGCAGCAGCCCUUUUGGCAGUCAGUGCCCUUCCAGCCCAAGAAGAGUGGACCUUGUUCAAGGCCACACAUGGAAAAUCUUAUGAAAAUAUCGAUGAAGAAAAAGUCCGUUUCCAAAUCUUUCAAGACAACGUACAAAAAAUCAACGCGCACAACGCCCUCUAUGAAGCCGGACUUAAAACCUACACCAUGGCAGUCAACCAAUUCUCCGAUUUGACCGCCCAGGAAUUCGGAGCCAUGCUUAGACUUAAAAAUGGACCAAUUAGAAGAGAGCACUUGACUCGUCAUGUCCAAAAUCCAAGUCUACCUGUUCCAGACUCCAUCGACUGGAGGGAAAAGAACGCCGUUUUAGAAGUCAAGGACCAAGGAGAUUGCGGAUCCUGCUGGGCUUUCAGCACAGUCGGUUCCAUAGAGGGACAAAACGCUAUCAAAAACAAUCAAAGAGUACCUCUUAGUGUACAACAAUUGGUUGACUGCGACGACGAGGAGAAUCUAGGUUGCAACGGUGGUAACAUGACAGAACCUUUCAAAUAUGUCAUCAAGCACGGAGUUAACAGCGAAGCUGAAUACCCAUACGAAGCUACAGACAACAAAUGUAGGGCCAUGAAUAGUACUGUCGUUACAGUUAAGGAAGGCGUAGCCGUUGAUCCUACCGAAUCUGCCCUCAAAGAGGCUGUUGGUACUGUUGGACCAAUCUCCGUAACCAUGUACGCUGACCUCCUCCAAUCAUACCACAAAGGUAUCUUUGAAAGUGAGGACUGCAUAGCUGACAUCUUUUACAUAGAUCACGCUGUUGUUGCUGUAGGCUAUGGAACCCUAAAUGGUACUGUUGGACCAAUCUCCGUAACCAUGUACGCUGAUUUCCUCCAAUCAUACCACAAAGGUAUCUUUGAAAGUGAGGAUUGCGUAGCUAGUCCCUUUUUAUUGGAUCACGCUGUUGUUGCUGUAGGCUACGGAACCAUAAACGGUAGAAAAUACUGGAUCCUGAAGAACUCAUGGGGCGUUAACUGGGGUGAAGAUGGCUUCUUAAGAUUGGCCAGGGAUGCUGACAACCAAUGUGGUAUCGCCCUCCAACCAACUUAUCCAAUUUUAGCUUAAGUUACAAACUUGAAAUUAGAGUUGAUAAUAAAGUAAUUUAAAUAUAUCUUUCCUUUAUUGUUUUUUUACAACUCUAUGGUAGAGA